GAAGAAAAAUAAUUGAUGCUGUCAAUACAAAUGGAAAGCAGACCAAAAUCUUUAAUGCGGAACAAACCGCAUUCAAUUCCACCAACUUCUUAUUUCUACUUCUUUCUUUUCAUUUGUGUAUGAUUUUUUCUCCUUAAGUUUGUUGCUGUUUUCCAGUCACUGCCGGGAAUCUACAGCGGCGGUGGUGGUGGUGUGGCGGUUGUUGGAGGGAAUAAAUGCUCUCUUUGCUGUGAUGAAACGGACACUUUGAUCGAAAGCAUAGUAAUGGCCAUGAUUUGAGCCGACAGAUUGGAAGCAGAGGUGACUAGGAACUGAUCUUGCAGGUAUAAUGCUGGGGUUUUGUUGGGAUCAUGAGAAAACUAGGUACAAUUUCCCACAGAAUUGCUUUUCUCUACGCCUUCUACUUGCUUAAUAUUGUCAUAAUCUUCGUCUCUCCCAUCACUGAAAAGGAGAUUUUGCUUCAAUUCAAGGGUGACAUUUGGGAUGACCCUUUUGAUUGUUUGAAGAAUUGGGAUUCUAGUAAAAACCCCUGCCAAGAUUAUGGUGGGGUUUUUUGUGAUUCAGAUGGAAAUGUUGUGAAAAUUCUGUUGUGGAAUUGUAGUCUUGGUGGGAUCUUAUCCCCUGCAUUAUCUGGAUUGAAAUCUUUGAGGAUUAUAUCAUUGUUUGGAAAUAAGUUAACAGGUAAUAUCCCUGUUGAGUAUGGUGAGAUUGGUUCAUUGUGGAAGAUCAAUUUAAGCUCGAAUGCGCUUUCUGGAUCAAUCCCUGAGUUUCUUGGAGAUUUGCCAAGCAUUAGGUUUCUUGAUUUGUCAAGAAAUGAGUAUGCAGGAGAGAUUCCUUCAGCAUUGUUCAAGAACUGUUACAAGACUAGGUUUGUAUCGUUGGCGCAUAACAAACUCUCGGGUUCAAUCCCCGUGUCAGUUAAAAAUUGUUUGAAUCUAGAAGGGAUUGAUUUGUCUUUCAAUGCUCUUAGUGGGAGAUUUCCUUCUGAAUUUUGUGAAAUUCCAUCAAUUGUGUAUUUGUCUGUAAGGAGUAAUAAGCUCUCAGGAAGUGUUGAAGAGCAGGUUGCGAAAUGUAGGAGUUUGAACCUAUUAGAUCUCGGUAGCAAUGCGUUCACCGGGCCUGCCCCGUUGGAGGUUACAGGAUUGGUGAACCUUUCAUACUUCAACGUUUCUUGGAAUGGUUUUCAAGGAGCCUUUUCGGAUGUAGGAACUUGCUCGAGGAAUUUGGAGGUUUUCGAUGUAUCAGGAAACAUUCUGUAUGGUGAGAUUCUUACAUCUAUCACCAAAUGCAGUGGCCUUAAGUACUUGGAUUUGAGCUUCAAUAGGCUGAAUGGAAGCAUACCAGUUGGUAUUGCAGAUUUGAAGAAGCUCUUGGUGAUGAGAUUAGGAAAUAACUCGAUAGAUGGGAGGAUUCCUGCAGAGUUUGGGAGUAUAGAGUGGUUGGAAGUUCUUGAUUUACAGAACCUCAGACUUGUAGGUGAGAUCCCUAACGAGAUCACCAAAUGCCGGUUUCUCCUUGAGCUGAACAUCUCUGGAAACUCUCUGGAGGGAGGGAUUCCUCAAAACCUCGACAACAUGACCUACCUCGAAAUUCUUGACCUACACGAAAACCUCAUCUCCGGUAGCAUACCACUCUCCAUCGGGAAUUUGUCCAACUUAGUGUGGUUAGAUUUGUCACAGAAUUUGCUCUCUGGUUCAAUUCCUUCCACUUCAGGAAACUUGAAAAAACUGACUUACUUCAGUGUCUCUCACAACAACCUCUCCGGUGCAAUCCCUUCUGUUGGAAGCAUCCAGCAGUUUGGACCAUCUGCUUUUCUUCACAAUCCAGACCUUUGUGGUGCUCCAUUGGAGACCUCUUGCUCUAGCCGUGCUCCGACUAACUCUGCAAAGCUGAGUGCCUCUGCCAUUGUGGCCAUAGUUGCUGCCUCUCUAAUUGUCACCGGUGUUUGUGUCAUAACCAUCAUCAACACGAGGGCUCGUAGCAGGAGAAGAGGAGACGAAGAAGCCAUGAUUGUGGAGAGCGCUACUCCAUUAGCUUCAUCGGAAUCUAGUGUGAUGCUCGGGAAGCUAGUCCUCUUCAGCAGAAGUUUACCCUCAAAGUACGAGGAUUGGGAGGCGGGCACAAAGGCAUUGCUAGACAAGGAAUGCUUGAUAGGUGGAGGCUCCAUUGGAACAGUGUACAAAACUUCGUUGCAAGGAGGAGUUCUUAUAGCCGUGAAGAGGCUCCAAACGCUUGGAAGAAUCAAGAGCCAAGACGAAUUUGAGCAUGAAAUCGGACGUCUAGGAAGCCUCCACCACCCUAACCUUGUCACCAUUCAAGGUUACUACUGGUCAUCCAACAUGCAGUUGCUUCUGUUGGAAUUCAUCUCAAAAGGAAAUCUAUACAACAAUUUACAUGGUCUCAAUGAUGAAGGUAGUAAUCCGGAGUUGAAUUGGUCGAGAAGGUUUGAUAUAGCUGUCGGGACAGCUAGAGCCUUGGCCUAUCUUCACCAUGACUGCAGGCCUCCGGUUCUUCAUCUCAACAUCAAAUCAACGAACGUGCUUCUUGAUGAAAACUAUGCGGCCAAGCUGUCUGAUUACGGCCUAGGGAGUCUGCUUCCUUUGCUAGACAGUCAUGGCUUGACCAAGGUUCACCAUGGAGUAGGCUACAUUGCACCGGAGCUGGCUCAGAGCUCGCGGCUCACUGACAAAUGUGAUGUUUACAGCUUCGGAGUUUUGCUGUUGGAGAUGGUCACCGGGAGGAAGCCGGUGGAGUGGCGAGCAGCGAACGAGGUGGUGAUUUUGUGCGAGUAUGUUCGAGGUUUGGUGGGGAAUGGUGUCGCUUCCAACUGUCUUGACAGGAGUUUGAGAGGAUUUGCGGAGAAUGAGGGGAUUCAGGUGAUGAAGUUGGGGCUGAUUUGUACGUCGGAGAUGCCGUCGCGGCGGCCGAGCAUGGCUGAGGUUGUUCAAGUUCUUGAAUCUGUAAGGAAUGGCUCAGGUUCUUGAUCAGAAGCUUACUUUGGGUAAGAGAAACCGAUUCUUUUGAAUUCAUUUACAGUUGUGAUUAAUUCAUUUACAGUUGUGAUCAGAAGCUUACUUUGGGUAAUAAUGCCAUUUCAUAUGUUUGAAGAUUGUAUUGUUUAUUGAAUAAAGUUGAUAGUCGGUGUAA